AUGAUAAUCAACCUCGAAAUCCGCCACGACACAGCCACCGCCAUCAUCACCGCCUCCCCCGACGACAGCUCCCUCAUUUCCACCCUCAUCCCACUCAUCCAACCCCAGCUCACCCUCCCACCCACCAAAUGGGACCUCUCCUUCGGGUCCACCCGUCUCCUCCCCUCCCGGUCCCUCAUCUCAUACGGCAUCCACGACGGCGCCACCCUCUGGGUCCGUCCCCGCACCCACUCCCUCGAUGCCGGCAUCUACCCGCUCACCCUCCUGUUCAAGAAGGCCGGCAGCCAACACACCAUACAGCUGGCGCUCAGCACAAACUACACCGUUGACCAGGUGAAGCGCGAGCUGCGCGCUGUGCUGGGCGAGACGAGGAGCACGGGGUUUUGUCUGUAUAGGAAGAAGGACGAGACGAAGCGGCGGGAUGUGGAGAGGGGGGUGGAGGUGGGGGCGGAGGAGGAGAUGCGGAGGGGCGUGGAGAUGGAGGGGGGGCGGACGCUGGGGCAGUGUGGGGUGCUGGAUGGGGAGGUGGUGGUGUGGGGGUUUGACCGGAGUGUGAGGAGGGAGGCGCGGAGGAAGGCGAGGAGGGCCGGGGAGAAGGCGAGGGAGAGGGUGAAGGGGUUGAGGGAGAAGUAUAAGGGAAAGAACGCGAGAGUAAGAGAUACAGACGGAGGGGGAAAUGAGGGGGGUGCUCAGGUGGUUAAUGAGGUCGAGGAGGAGGAGGGAUGGGCGGCCGACGAGGGGGAAAGUGAGGGGUCGGAUAGUGAUACCUCAGCUAAUUAG